UCGCUCGCAGUGAUCGUCGCGACGCCGUAUAGACGGCAACACGUUCUACCUCCGUGAGAUCUCUCUUAUUAUCUCUUACUAUAUCUUACCGUCUCUUUUUUUCUCUUUAUUUAUCUAUCUAUUUAACUAAUUAACUAUUUAUUUAAUCGUCGUAUAUUCAUCAUUUUUCUAAUCACACUUUGAUUAUUUUAUUAUCGUAUUGUUUUGACGCGAAAAUUAAAAUUGAAAAAAGGGAGAAUUAGUGUAAUCGUAUUGUUCAAGAAUUUCGAUCGUUUUUUGUACUCGUUUUUUGUCUCUCGUAUGAUAUUUCUCUUUCGAUCUUUUCUAUUUAUUCUUUUCGAAAAAGAAAUCUUUUGAAAACAAGUGGAACAUGCUGGACACCUAAUCAUCCGUCGAUGUUGUUGCGAAUGUGAGGAGGAUCUUCUGAAUGAGCUGGAUCAAAGUGGAGGAUGACGCGUCUCGUGACUUUCCUGUUCUUGGCAUCGUGUACCUUCGUCAACGCUCGUACGUAUUUGAACGUGUCAGGUGACAUCCUUUUAGGUGCCCUUUUCCCGAUUCAUGGAAAGGGUGGUUCUGGUGAAAAUUGUGGGAAGAUUAAGCUCGAAGAUGGAAUUCAACCGUUGGAAGCGAUGCUUUACACGCUUCAACAAAUCAAUCAAGAUCCUAAAAUUCUACCGGGUGUACGUCUUGGUGCAUUAGUCUUCGAUAGCUGCGACAAUCCAAGCUACGCUCUGGAACAAGCAUUGAAUUUCGUCAAAGGCUUCAUCGCCCACUCGAAUGAAUUUCACGUCCAGGAAUACGAGUGCAGAGACAAGAGCGUACCAAAGUUCUCUAAGGGUGGAUUCGACAAAAUUGUAGCUGUGUUGGCGGACCAGUCGAGUUCGGUCACCAUACAGGUGGCAUCCAUGUUGAAGUUAUUUUCAGUACCACAGAUAUCCUACAUGGCUACCUCACCGGCACUCAGCAACAAGAAAAUAUACCCUCAUUUUUUCCGUACGAUACCGAGCGAUCUUAAUCAAGCACACGCCAUGUUGGAAAUUCUCAAGCAAUUCGAAUGGACCUACGUUUCGAUCGUUUAUUCGGAUACGGAGUAUGGAAAUCAUGGUUAUGAAACACUGACCUCUCUUGCGUAUUUAUAUUCCAUUUGCUUUAGUACACCGCAAAGGAUUAAUAAAGAACAUUUUAAAAAUGAGGAUUACGAUACUGUUAUUCGUACGAUCGCCAAUAAGACUGACGUUCGAGUCGUCGUUCUUUUCGCGGAAAAAUCUACGACCCUUCGCGUACUCGAUGCGGCGAAACGAUUGAACGUAGGUACGAGAUUCCUUUGGAUAGGAAGCGAUUCUUGGUCGAGUUCCAAUCAUCGGGAUUUCGCUGACCUCGACUCAAGUCGCAUGGGUCAAGAGAUGGCAGUUUUGGAAGGUGCAUUGGUAGUUCAACCACUUUCGAGACAAUUGUCCGGCUUCGAUAAAUAUUUCACCAAUUUGACAUUAGAACACGAGAAAAUAAAUCCUUGGUUCCGUGAAUUUUGGCAGGAAUACCAUCGUUGUGGAAUCAAUGAUACUGAGAGUAUGAACAUUACCAAGGAGUAUUUUUACGAUUCGUGUCUCAACGAAAGCUUGACCCUGAAUAUCUCGAUGGGUUACAAGCAACAAAAGUUUCUACAUUUUGUUAGGGAUGCUAUAUACUCGAUGGCCCACGCCCUUCACGACAUGCAAAAAGAAAAAUGUGGCGAGGGAUAUAACGGGAUUUGUUCUGAAAUGAAACAUAUCGAUGGAAUUGAUCUGACGAAAUAUCUACAGAAUGUUUCUUUCAAAGAUGACGCAGGAAAUAAAUUCAGAUUUGUCGAUGUCGCCGAUGGUCCGCCUAGAUAUUCGAUUUUAAACUAUCAACGUAAUAAAGAUGGAGCGUAUCGUUGGAUAGUAAUCGGAAAUUACACAGAAAACGAGAACGGUACGCCAUCAUUGUACAUAGAGACGACCGCUAUGAAAUAUCGAAAUCAAACGAAAGGCGGAAGAAAAUAUUUUCCAAACUCAACGUGUUCUCGACCAUGCGAAUCAAAUCAGGUGAUGAUUCGUGAGGAACAAGAUCUUUGUUGUUGGAGAUGUCGCAAAUGUGGACUUUAUCAAUACAAGGUGAACGAUCAGAGAUGCGAGGAUUGUUUAUUGGGUACACGACCAACGAAAGAUUCUAAGAGAUGUGAUUCGAUUCCUGAAGAGUAUAUCGAUUAUUAUAGUCCAUGGGCGAUCGUGGCUAUGGUGGUCGCUAGUAUCGGUAUAUUAUUAACUAUCUACGUAUGGUUUAUAUUUCGAAUUUAUGGAGAGACUCCAGUGAUAAAGGCAUCCGGUCGUGAAUUAUCAUCCCUUUUGUUAUUAAGCAUUCUAGCAUCAUUUCUAAUGACAUUUGCAAUCGUCGCUGAACCAAUUACUGAAACUUGCGCCAUCACCAGGUUUGGAAUUGGUUUUUGUUAUACAUUGUGUUAUGCCGCUUUAGUGACUAAAACCAAUAGAAUACAUAGGAUAUUUAAUAAUAUUUCUCACAGUCCGCGUAAGUCAAGAUACACCAGUCCUAAAUCUCAAUUGCUUAUAACGGGAAUAUUGAUACUACUAGAGGUAAUAGUCAAUGUGAUAUUGCUCGUGAAGGUACCACCGAGGGUAAAACACAUUUACCCUACGAGAGAUACUAAAAUCAAAAUUUGUCAAGGUCUCGAUGAUAGAUCCUACAUAGUCAGCUUGAUCUAUCCGUUCGUUCUCAUAGUUAUAUGCACCAUAUAUGCGAUCAAGACACGAAAAUGUCCGGAAGGUUUUAACGAGACCAAACAUAUAGCAUUCACGAAUUACACGACCAUGGUACUCUGGCUGGCAUUUGUACCGCUUUAUCUCGUUUCAAACAGUAACGCCAUAAGAGUAGUAACAUUGGCACUAUCAUUGUCACUUAGCGGUUUGGUACAACUAGCCUGUCUCUUCUUUCCAAAGAUCUAUAUCGUAUUGAUAAAACCGGAAAAGAAUACGAAGGAAUUGGUGAUGGCACAACAUAGAAGCUCAUCUUAUUUACCGACCUCCGCUACACCUGUCGUAGCAUUAAACGGUAAUCCAUUUAUUUUUCAUACGACGAAGGAACAAAAACCGUAAUAGUUUUUGAAAACUUCGACAACAUUUGACGAAUGGAAUUAAUAUUCUGAAUAAUAUAGAUAAUACAGAUCGAAUCGAUACGAUGAAGCUUUCGACGUGCUAAAAACGUACUAAUUACUUUUUAUCAAUAUUUUCUUUUGAAUAUAUGUAUAUAUAUAUAUAUAUAUAUAUAUAUAUAUAUAUAUAUGUUUGUUAUUAGAAAAAUCUUUUGCUCCAUUUAUGAGCUUUAAGCACGCUCGCACGCUGUUAAUGUCAAAAAAUUUGUGGCAACCAUUUUGGAAGAAAAAUAACAAAAAUAAAAAUGAAAGAAAAAAAAGAAUAUUUGAUAAAGCGUAUCGGUCACGUGAUAGAAUUAAAAAGAGAAAAAAGAAAAAAAAACCAUCGACUAUACAUAUCGUUAUAAUUAAGGGAAAGCUUACCAAUUAAUAUCUAUAGAUUUUAACGAGAGAGAAAAAAAUAGAGAUAAUGCCUCGUACGAGUAAUUUCAUUCUUGUGUAAUUACUAAUUAUUAUUAUUAUUAUUAUUGUACAUUGAAUCGAAUGAACUCUAUGUGAACAAUACGACGAGUCUAAAGAGAAUAUAACAAUCCAUUAUCCCGAUAGACCAAUAAAAUCGAUUCUUUGAUUAAACUUUAACGCGACCGAGAGAACAUUUACGACGAGAACAAUCAUAAACAUAUCGAACUUGCCGUUAAUCGUGAUCGUAGAGUUUAUUUAUUUAUUCUUAAAUUUACGAUAUUUAUAAAUUUAAUAAUUAAUUAAUUAACACGGCCGAUCGUAUAUUAAUGAUCAAAAUCUAUCUGAUUUUAAACGCGAGAAAGAUUAUUAAUAGAAUGGAUUAUCUAAAAUAUGAAAAUCAACUUUACGAAUUUCACACAAGAGCACAUAGCUAUAAUAAAAUGCAUAUACACACACACACACACACACAAAUAUAUAUAUAUAUACACAUAUAUAAAUAUAUAUGUAUAUAUGUAUAGGUAUAUACACGCAUGUAGACAUACAAGCCAACGAAACUAAAGACCAAAAUUUGUAUAUAUUUGUAUAUACAGAAAUCAAUAAAAGUGUUGACGUUCAACGAAGGAUGAUAUAUUAGAAAAAUUAUUUCCCCGUAUAGAUCCAAUCUAUAUUUUUCAUUGUACGAUAAUAUAAUUAAAGAAUAUAAUUAAUUACUAUUA